AUGGCCUUCCGCCGGCGGGCCAAGAGCUACCCGCUCUUCAGCCAGGAGUUCCUGAUCCACAACCACGCGGACAUCGGCUUCUGCCUGGUGCUCUGCGUGCUCAUCGCGCUCAUGUUCGAGGCGACAGCCAAGACUGCCUUCCUAUUCAUCUUACCUCAGUAUAACAUUAGCGUGCCUACAGCAGACGGCGAGCUAGUUCACUACCGCUACGGGCUAAAGGACUUGAUCACCAUCCUCUUCUACGUCUUCAUAGCAAUCAUCCUGCAUAUGGUGUUGCAGGACUACGUCCUCGAUAAAAUCAACAGGCGGCUCCACCUCUCCAAGGUCAAACACAGCAAGUUCAACGAAUCAGGGCAGCUGGUAGCGUUCCAUCUCACCUCCAUGAUCUGGUGCUUGUAUGUAGUAGUGACGGAAGGAUACUUGUCAAACCCGAGAAGCUGGUGGGAAAACUACCCUCAUGUUUUUCUCCCGUUCCAGGUGAAGUUUUUCUACCUUUGCCAGCUGGCCUACUGGCUGCACGCACUGCCUGAGCUGUACUUCCAGAAGGUGCGCAAGGAGGAGAUUCCUCGUCACCUGCGGUACAUCAGCUUCUACCUGAUGCAUAUAGCUGGAGCAUACCUCUUAAACCUAACCCGCCUGGGGCUCAUCCUCUUGCUGCUGCAGUACUUCGCUGAAUUCCUCUUCCACAUGGCCCGUCUCUUCUACUUCACGGAUGAGAACAACGAGAAGCUGUUUAAUGCCUGGGCAGUGGUGUUCGUGGUCACCCGGCUCUUCACCCUCACCCUUUCUGUGCUGGUCAUUGGCUUUGGGCUGGAUCGGGUGGAGAACCAGGAGUUCAACAUAGAGAAAGGAAACUUCAGCACUCUGUCUUCCAGGAUGUUUGUGCUGUCCCUGGUGUGCCUCUUCCAGGCCUGGCUGAUGUGGCACUUCAUCCGGUUCCAGCUGCGGCGCUGGCGGGAGUACCGGAAUGAGCAGAGCGCCAGGCAGAGAGCCGCUGCCCUCACCAAACAGCAGUCCAAGCCCGUCAAGAGGGAGUCGGGUUACCAUGAAAACGGAGUGGUGAAAGCCGAGAACGGAACCUCCCCACGCACCAAGAAGCUCAAGUCUCCGUAG